UGUGUAGGGCUUGGGGAUCUGUACAUGUGCAGGGGCUGGCUGCUACCUUUUUGUCAACUGCAAAUGAAAUAAGCUGUCGCCUGGAAGAGUGGAUAUUUCUGCUGGUUUCUAGCUAGGCUAAAGCCCUCACCAUGGCAAGCUUCUCUGGAAUCCUAAAGCUUACUAUUUUCCUGCUUGCGACCUGCUUAUCUACUGCACAGGUAGCUUUACCAAAUGGUCGAGGUCCACCUGGUCCCCCAGGUCCCUCAGGGCUUCCAGGAGCUGAUGGGAUUGAUGGUGAAAAGGGUCCCAAAGGAGUUCGUGGUCCACUAGGUCCAAAAGGUGAACCUGGACCCUCAGGUAUUGAUGGCCCCAAGGGUGAAGCAGGAAUUGAUGGCUUGGAAGGUCCCAAAGGUGAUCCAGGUCCUUUUGGAGCAGCAGGGCCAAAAGGUGAAACUGGCAAUCCCGGACCCCCUGGACCUUCUGGAGCUGCAUUGCCCGGACCACCAGGACCUAUUGGUGCAGCAGGACCACCAGGAGAAAGAGGACCCCUUGGACCUAAGGGUGUGCGUGGAGGAACAGGACCCCCAGGUCCCCCUGGCCUGCCUGGACCCCCUGGCCCCACUGGUAACCUUACAAGUCUAGAUGGCAGCGCAGAGUUUGUGUGUCCAACUAACUGCCCUCCAGGACCUAAAGGGCCCCAAGGACUUCAAGGACUGAAGGGUCACAAAGGUCGGCCAGGUGUUCUUGGUGAACCAGGUCCACAAGGACUGACAGGUCCAAAGGGAGACGUAGGAAUUUCCGGUGAGCAAGGCAUCCCAGGCCCUCCAGGUCCUCGGGGUCUUAUUGGUUAUCCUGGUAUGAUGGGACCAAAGGGUGAAGCCGGUCCAACCGGAUACAAAGGAAUGCCUGGUGGUGCCGGGACUGCAGGAAGCCGUGGUGAAGAAGGUCCCAGGGGUCCACCUGGAGGUUCUGGUACGAAGGGAGAUGUUGGUGCUAUGGGAAUACAAGGCCCUCAUGGUGCUGUCGGUCCCAAAGGAGAAAAUGGCCUUCCUGGAAUUGAUGGCAAGGAUGGUACCCCUGGCCUUCCUGGAAUGAAGGGAUCCCCAGGAGAACCUGGAAUACCAGGACCACCUGGCCAACAAGGAGCUGCAGGGUUGCCAGGCCAGUCAGGUGCAAAAGGUGCAGGAGGAGACAAGGGAGAACAAGGUGUCCCUGGUAUUCAAGGAUUUGCUGGACCACCAGGACUUCUUGGUGAACCUGGCAUUCCUGGAGAGAUCGGUCCUCAAGGUAUUCGUGGUGCCAAGGGUGAUCGAGGACAGAGGGGACCUGUUGGCCCUGUUGGGUUGCUUGGAGCUGUUGGUUCUAAAGGUGAACAGGGUCCACCUGGUCCACCAGGCCCUCAAGGUAUUCCAGGAUUCAAAGGAAGUAAGGGCUUCCAAGGAAAAGUAGGACCCAAAGGUGAUUUUGGUGACCCAGGUGUGGAAGGGAUUGCUGGUGAAAAAGGUGAAAAGGGUGAUAGUGGCGAACCUGGUCCUAAAGGUCAGCAAGGAGUAGCCGGAGAGCUAGGCCUCAGUGGCCCUACUGGUGACUCAGGGGAACCUGGAAUACAGGGACCGGCAGGACUUCCAGGUCCUAGAGGCUUACAAGGAGAACGUGGUGUUCCUGGAUUUCAUGGACAUCAAGGAGUACCAGGCAAGGAUGCAGGAGAUCAGCACAUUAUCGAUGUUGUUCUGAAGAUGAUGCAAGAACAGCUUGCAGCACUUGCAGUAAGUGCCCAGAGAGCUGCCCUAGGUGGUGGUGGAGUGGUGGGUCCUCCUGGCCCCCCUGGUCCUUCUGGACAGCCUGGUGAACAAGGCCAGCAUGGACAUCCUGGACCACGUGGUAUUCCUGGAAUUUUGGGAGCUCCUGGACAAAUUGGAAACACUGGACCCAAAGGCAAACGAGGUGAGAAAGGUGAUAGAGGAGAAGCUGGCCGUGGACACCCAGGAAUGCCAGGAAUUCCAGGCUUCCCUGGUCUACCUGGUCUUGAUGGAAAUGCCAGAGAUGGCAGAGAUGGGGAACGUGGCCCUGAAGGUGUUAAUGGUGAGCCCGGCCGUCCAGGUCGCGCAGGUCCUUCAGGUUUGCCAGGAUUCUGUGAGGCUGCAGCUUGUCUUGGAGCUUCCGCAUAUGUAGCUCCCGCACUUACCGAAGCUGGAGCUGUAAAGGGACCAUGAAAAAAUAUGCAGAAAAUAAAUAAAAAAAACUUUAAUGAAACAUUUUACUUGUUAAGAAAUUACCACCAACAUGAAAAAGUGCAAGAAAACCCACAGAAUAAAUGACAGAAGGAAGAACAAGUACUCCUUUAAACAUUUAUGAUGACAGUGUGGGAAAUGGUGCUUCCUGAACUUUUAUAUCGAGAUCCAUUCUAUCAUGUUUGUGGACGUCAAAACAGUAACGUUCUUUCUCACCAAUGAAGCCUUAAUCAAGUCCUGGCUUGCCAGACUGAGUGUGAAAUACUAGGUACCCUAAUUAUGAACUUUAACAUGGUGCCUCUUUCAACAAAAUUAAUGGUUAUUUUUCUCUUCUUUUUCUGGCCGGAUAUAAACUGAAUUGUAUUUUAUAAAUAUUCUCUGUCUUUGUAUUGCCAGACGUACUCUAUUAUUAUGUUACUGAAUGACUUAUUCCAGAAGCACAGUCUGUCCAGAGGCAUUGGGUGUACUAGGGCUGCAUUAUUGUAAAUCUUUGUAAAUGUGUGGUUAUUUUAUUAAAAAUGAACAGAAAAUAAAGGUCCGAAUGUUAAUGAA